AUGUUGACGACAUCUCCCAUCCUCGCGGGCUCCGCCAACACCUCGUCCGCCCGCUUCCACCCCGGUCGCACGGAGUCGCCUUCGCCCAAGCCUCGGCGGCCCUCGCCGCUGGCGGUUCCGGCGCCCAACCCCAGCGCCAGCGCCAGCGCUCGGCCCCUAUCGCCUUCCCGGCGGCGCACCAAGCCGUCCUCUGCCGUCGUCGGCCCGACGGCUUCCCCCGACGGCCCCGAGGCCCACGAGCCCCCCGGUGCCCCGACGGAGCCGGAGGUGGCGCGGCAAACGGUUCCCGGCCGUCGGGCCACGGGGCCGGCCUCCUCGGGCGACAUCCCGGCCGUCGCUGCACCGGCUGGCUCGGCGGAUCCUGGCUCGGCGGAUCCUGGCCCGGCGGAUCCCUCCCUCUCGCCGAGCAAACGAAGGGGCUCCGUCUGCCAGAACGUCGGCGCUUCCGACGAGGCCGCUCCGUCGACGUCGAAGCGGACGAAACCGGAUGAGCAGCCGGCCAAGUUGCUCCCCCUGCGGUACGAACUGUGCGCCGUCGAAGACAUUGUCGAGCUCAUCGCCCACAUGCUCGGCGAGCUCAUCGCGACGAACGAUUCCAUUCGGAUUUCGAGCGGCGGCCUCACUCGCUUCCAUUCACGAACCCCGCCCGGAAUAUCCGUCCGCGACUACCUCCACCGAUUGGCGAAGCAUGCCACCUUGGCGCCGCCUCUGCUGCUCGCCAUGGUCUACUACAUCGAUCGGCUGUGCGCCCUCUAUCCGGAAUUCACCAUCAACACGCUGACGGUCCACCGGUUCCUCAUCACGGCCGGCACCGUGGCGGCAAAGGGGCUGUCCGACUCCUUCUGGAACAACACGACGUACGCUCGGGUGGGCGGCGUGAGGGUCGCCGAGCUCAAGCUGCUCGAGCUCGAAUUUCUCUACCGCGUAGACUGGAAAAUCGUCCCCAACCCCGAGGUGCUCGUGGCCUAUUAUCGAGGCCUCGUCGAGCGGGCUCCAGGGUACGAGCUGGAGCCGGACUCUUCGUCGGAGGAUGGCUUGGAUGACGAUGACGAGUAG